UGAAGAGCGCGCUUCUUAUCGCGCCCUGCAACUCUCACGGCCGCCAUGAUGCUUGUUUGCCAUCAGUAAGAGCAGCGGAUCAGAAACAAAGGAAACGCGCACUCGUCUUUGUAAACUGGUAUGAGACUACAGUAUUACAGGGAUGCCCAAGGAAAAAUAUGAUCCACCUGACCCGAGGCGGAUGUACACUAUAAUGUCCAGUGAGGAGGCCGCCAAUGGAAAGAAGUCAUAUUGGGGAGAGCUGGAGAUAGUUGGUAAAGUGAGGAGUUUGAGUACAGCAUUAUGGUCCCUCACCCACCUCACUGCUCUUCAUAUCAGUGAUAACUCUCUCUCACGAAUCCCACCCGACAUUGCCAAACUACACAACUUGGUGUACCUGGACCUCUCCUCUAAUAAGAUCAGGAGCCUGCCCGCCGAACUAGGCAACAUGGUAUCUCUCAGGGAACUGCUUUUAAAUAACAACCAGUUACGAGUUCUGCCUUUUGAGCUUGGAAAACUCUUUCAGUUGCAAACAUUGGGUUUGAAAGGAAACCCUCUUGCACAAGAAAUCUUAAACCUCUACCAAGAGCCUGAUGGGACACGUCGUCUCCUCAACUACCUGCUGGACAAUCUCGCAGGCACAAAACGUGUAUCUAUAGAACAGCCGCCACCUCGCUCGUGGAUACCACUGCAGGAGCCAGAAAGGACACGGCCAGCAGCACUGUUCUCUGUAAUGUGCUACAACGUGCUGUGUGACAAGUAUGCCACACGUCAGCUCUAUGGCUACUGUCCCUCUUGGGCCCUGAACUGGGAAUACAGGAAGAAGUCCAUCAUGCAGGAGGUCCUCAGCUGCAGUGCAGACAUCAUCAGCUUACAGGAAGUGGAGACGGAGCAGUACUACAACUACUUCCUGGUGGAGCUGAAGGAACAUGGUUACGAAGGAUUUUUCAGCCCUAAGUCCCGAGCCAGGACUAUGUCUGAGUCUGACCGCAAACAUGUGGAUGGCUGUGCGGUCUUCUACAAAACAGAGAAGUUCAGUCUGGUGCAGAAACACACAGUGGAGUUUAAUCAGCUUGCAAUGGCGAACUCAGAGGGCUCGGAGGCCAUGUUGAACAGGGUGAUGACCAAGGACAACAUCGGAGUGGCUGUACUACUAGAGCUACGGAAAGAGAUGAUGGAGCAGUCUGCUUGGAAGCCACUGCAUGGAAUGGAGAAACAGCUCAUCCUAGUGGCCAAUGCUCAUAUGCACUGGGACCCUGAAUACUCGGAUGUAAAGCUAGUACAGACCAUGAUGUUCCUCUCUGAGGUGAAGAACAUCGUGGACAAGGCCACUCGCAGCCUCAAGCUGUCCUCUAUCUCUGGAGAAACCAAUGCCAUCCCUCUCGUCCUGUGUGCUGACCUCAACUCUUUACCUGACUCAGGUGUGGUGGAGUACCUAAGCACAGGUGGUGUGGACAGCACGCACAAGGACUUCAAAGAACUGCGAUACAUUGACAGCUUGACCAACUUCAACUGCAAUGGCAAGAACGGCUCCUCCAGCACCCGGAUAACACAUGGAUUCAAACUGAAGAGUGCUUAUGAGAACAGCCUGAUGCCUUACACCAACUACACCUUUGAUUUUAAGGGCAUCAUUGACUACAUCUUCUACUCUCAACCUUUGCUCAACGUGCUGGGCGUACUGGGUCCACUGGACCACCACUGGCUCCAUGAGAACAAUAUCUCUGGCUGCCCCCAUCCCCACAUCCCAUCUGAUCACUUUUCGCUGUUUGCACAAAUGGAGCUACUCCUGCCCUACCCACCUGCUGUCAACGGCAUCCAUCUGCCUGUUCGCAGGUAGUUCUCCGAGCCAGCAGGGUGAGCUCCAGCCUGUGCCUCCUUUUGCUUUGUUUUGAGAGCGAGAGAACGAGGCAGGAGCUGUUAUGUAUAAAUCUGAAUCCAGUAAGAGAAGGAAGAUGGCAAACUUUUAUUCCCGUGGAUUUUAACCGAAGCAGACACCAAUGUCAGUCUUAUCUAUACCACAUCCCAAAUUUUGUUUUGUUUCCUUUUUGGUUUUCACCUUCCCUUUCUUGGUUAAAAUUAUUCAUUUUCAAACUGUAUAAUGCACUUAAGGGCCCUGAGUGAUCAUGUAAGUUUUACCUUGAGACAAAAUUCAAAGCUUUUUUUUUUUAUAAAUAUAUGGCAAUAUCUUUGAAAUACAUGCAGGGAGUCCAGAUCAAGCAAGUUCUCAUAAAAUUAAUCAUUUGGAUCAUGCUAUUUAUGAGGCCAGUUAGGAGUGAGCAGCUGCAUUUGAAAAAAUAAAUAAAAAUGUAUUUCACCAGCUCUGCUGAAGUCCCUUAAUAUAAGGGCUUUUAAUGUAUAAAGAGAGCAGGUCAAACUCUCAUACUUGCACUUAGUGAUGCUGUGGCCUCUCUACAGGCAUUCUGCCUCACCCUCUAGCUGAACACACACACGUUGGACCAGGUCCAUCUCAACGGAUUUCUCCAUAGGAUGCUAGUCGUACCAUGUGCAGUUGAUAGUUUUAUUUUUAUUUUAAGAAAACAUUUCAAUUAGCCAAUAAAUGGCCCACUUAUGAAGUUAUCAAGCUUCAUGUGCCAUAGUGCCCUCACUGAGGUGCCCACACACAUCUGGUGUAUACAGCAGAGAGAAGUAAAGGGAAAUGACCUGUAAUGGGCAGAUGUGUUUUUGUGGCAGUGACUAGCUUUUGCACCUGUAGUGCUGUUCCCAAACCUGUUGAGUUUGCCAGAAGAUCGUGUUAAGACACCGAAGUAAGGGUGGAAUAUGCAAGCACAGGCAAAGACAAGCACAUCCAACUGAUAAAUUAACCCCUCAAUGUGGCCAGUAGAUUUCUUGCCCAAUGAAUCUCUACAUGAUUGUAUACAAGCAACAUAAGUCCUUCUCUACUGCAUUUGUUUCUUUUUGUAAGUACACCGUUUUGAUUUGAAUGAAAAUGAUUGUAUUGUAAAUGAAAGCAUAAUUUCUAUCCGUGUUAGAUGUUCAUCCUGAUGAACAUUCAAAAGACCAGCGUGUUUAAGAUAUCGUUUUUUUUUUCCAUGUUUCUGCUGUGUAAAAUUGCACUUAUCAAGGUUUUCCCCAAUCUACCAGUUUAUUUUUUUCCCUUAAAUUUUUUUCUUCAAUUGUUCUGAGGCAGAUAUCUGGUGAUGUCCUGUUACUUGUAUUGAUAUUCAAGAACAUGCAACAUUGCGCCUCACUUUGUUUAAAUUUUUUAUUUAUUUUUUUUAAGCGUACCGCCAGUGCUAUCAGUGAACACCUGAAACGCCUCAAUCUCUCUGUACAUGUUCACCGUCCUCCAAUAUCCUCAUUUCCGUUAAUUUCUUUUGUGUGUAUGCUAUCAAACAUGAUAAUUUUGGGCUUCUAAAAAAAAAUUGAGAAGCGUGAAUAUCUUCGUCCCUUUUAGCUGCUUUGCUGAUGCGCUCUUGUUAGGCCGGUUUCUUUAACCUGAUUUUUACAAUCAUUUUGUGUAGUCCAUUUAUGCCAUGGUCAAUCCCUCAAUCCAUCCCGUUUAUCUCUCUUUACUGCCACUUCCCUCUCUACUCAGGCAAUUCACUUUAACUGUACAUUUUCCUAACUUCUCCUUGUUUGGUUCUCACUCUGUAUUUCACUUUUGCUCGACCACCAUUAUCUUGUUGUGCCAUCCGUUGCAUUCUGACACAAGUUCAAACUUGAUUUACUACUUUAAAGCCUGCUCUGACCUAAUGAAACAAACGUGGCGAGUUUGUCUCUUUGUUCUCUUUGUAAACGCACGAGGUCUAAUUUUUUUAUUUCAUCAACAAUAGCAGCCGCUAUCAACAUGUCAUUUAUUGAUGCGUGCUCGCAAAGCAAUUGUGUUAUCCCCUUCCCUGUUGAAUUUGUCAUGUUUUAAAAAUUGAAUGGAUUGACAAGCACUUAUUGUAGAUAACUGGUGCAGCUACCCAUUGCUUUUUUUAAAUGUAAACUUUUGCCUUGAGGCAAAGGUCAAUUUUUAUUAAUUUUAUCAAGAGUAAAUGGGCGAACUGGGGAGGACCAUCUUAUAGUUCUCCUUUUUAUUCCUCACAUCUAAAUCUAUGAAUUUUGUUUUGUCUUCUGGUUGUUUUUAAUUGAAAGCAACUUGUCUGGUUCUAUUGGAUUGGUGUUGUAGUAAAAAGAUUUUGUAAAGUGUGAAUAAAUAAUGUAUCAUGUUUCCUAUCUCUGACAUGAAUUGUGUUGAUGUGUGUAUUAUAAUUAUCUAAUAAUUUUUGGUUUGUUUAUUUUUGGUCAUUUUUAUUUUGUAAUACUCAAAACCAAAUUUUUUGUAAUGAUGUUGGCACACUGAAUUAUAGAUUUAUAUUGUUGCUAACUUUCACUUCAAGAUACUUUUAAGAAGAAAAUGCAUCAAAGAGAAGAGCUGUCGUUUGUCACCAAACAAGAUUUUCUUCAACUUUGACCCUAAGCUUUGUGGCAUUUCACCUGGUUGGAGAGCCAGUUUAGUUGCUUACAGAUGUGUUUGGUAUGUGGGAUGCAUUGCGGACAAUUCUCUAUCCUGUUUUUCCUACUUUAAGUGUUUUCUUGUCUCCAGAAGAAAGUAAGGUUUUGGUUUGGAAAGAGUCGCUCAUAUUAGUGUUCUUGUUUGUGCACUCUCUCUGUCUCCGACUCAUUGUUCUCUGAAAGCCAGUCACUUUUAAUAAAUAAAUUGCAUGUUUAUAUAUUGUUGCCAUAUUGUUAAAGGAUCUUUUUAAUUUCCUUUGGGUCAAAGACAAUGCUUUCAGGUGGUGUCUUGUGCACGACAAGCAAAAAUAGCAUUAUGCUAAUCAUGUCAACGUACUCAACUUGGCAAUAAUGACUUUCACUACUUCGCAGAUAUUUCCGGCUUUUACCAUUAAAGUAUCUUUCAUUUCCUUUUUUCUGUUUCAUAGGCAACUUUUCUGUCAAUAUGGGUAGUAGUUCAAUGUUCAGGAUUGUGGUUGAAUCAGCUGAGAGUCUAAGUAUUUAGGUAAUGACACUAUAUGAUGCACUGGACCAACUCUUGUUUACCAUUUAAGGAAUACCAGCAUAACACUUGCACAAUGUUUUAAAAAGAAUGUUGCAAAUAAAUAUAUGGAAAAGAAUAUAGAUUAAAAAAAAAAAAAAAAUCAAAUAAUGGCAGCUGUUUUUAAAUAUAAAAGUGUUGGGGAUAAAAGCCUAAUGGUAAACAAGGCACUUUGGAUUUCACUGUUUCUCCAGUUCUCUUAGUGAUGUGUUUAUAACAGGGUCCGCUUGUUUCCUUUACUCCUAUGUAUUUUUUUCCUACUCAUGGUUAAAUAAAUUCUAUAUCUGUUU